CCGCGGCCCGGCCCGGCCUCUGAGGGGCCGCGGCCGCCAUUUUGUGCGGCGGCGGGUAGAGCGCGGUGGAGGAGUUAUCGAGGGGUUCUUGGGACGUCGCUCCCUUUCCUGGCCGUAACUUCCAGCGAAGAUGUCGGAGUAUAUCCGGGUGACGGAGGACGAGAACGAUGAGCCCAUCGAAAUCCCAUCGGAGGACGACGGCACGGUUCUGUUGUCCACGGUGACGGCGCAGUUCCCCGGGGCGUGCGGGCUGCGUUACCGGAACCCGGUGUCGCAGUGCAUGCGGGGAGUCCGGCUGGUCGAGGGCAUCCUGCACGCCCCCGAGGCCGGCUGGGGAAACCUCGUCUACGUCGUGAAUUACCCCAAAGAUAAUAAGAGAAAAAUGGAUGAAACCGAUGCGUCAUCAGCUGUGAAAGUGAAGCGAGCAGUACAGAAGACUUCAGAUUUAAUAGUCCUGGGUCUUCCCUGGAAAACCACUGAACAAGACUUAAAGGAAUAUUUCAGUACCUUUGGAGAAGUUCUGAUGGUGCAGGUUAAGAAGGAUAUUAAAACGGGCCAUUCAAAAGGUUUUGGGUUUGUUCGGUUCACGGAUUACGAAACCCAGGUGAAAGUAAUGUCUCAGCGGCACAUGAUCGAUGGAAGAUGGUGUGACUGUAAACUUCCCAACUCUAAGCAAAGUCCGGAUGAACCUUUGCGCAGCAGGAAGGUGUUUGUUGGACGCUGCACUGAGGACAUGACGGCAGAUGAACUCCGACAGUUCUUUGCCCAGUAUGGGGAAGUGGUAGAUGUCUUCAUUCCUAAACCCUUCCGGGCUUUUGCUUUUGUUACAUUUGCAGAUGAUCAGGUUGCCCAGUCUCUUUGUGGAGAGGACUUGAUCAUUAAAGGAAUCAGCGUACAUAUAUCCAAUGCUGAACCUAAGCACAAUAGCAGUAGACAACUAGAGAGAGGUGGAAGAUUUGGUGGUAACCCGGGAGGCUUUGGGAAUCAGGGUGGGUUUGGUAACAGCAGAGGAGGUGGGGGAGGACUGGGCAACAACCAGGGCAGCAACAUGGGCGGGGGUAUGAACUUUGGGGCCUUUAGCAUCAACCCUGCCAUGAUGGCAGCGGCUCAGGCAGCCCUGCAGAGCAGCUGGGGGAUGAUGGGCAUGCUGGCGAGCCAGCAGAACCAGUCUGGGCCCUCGGGAAACAACCAGCCUCAAGGCAACAUGCAGCGGGAACAGAACCAGGGUUUUAGUUCAGGCAACAACUCGUACGGAGGGUCCAACUCGGGGGCAGCGAUAGGCUGGGGCUCGGCCUCAAACACAGGCUCCAGCAGUGGGUUUAAUGGAGGCUUUGGUUCAAGCAUGGAUUCUAAGUCAUCAGGCUGGGGAAUGUAGACGCAGUGGGCUCUGAUAGUGACUUUAUGGUGGGAAAUCAAAUUUUUCUAACUCAUGGUAAGUAUACUGUAAAUUACGUAUAUACUAAAGUUUUCCAAAUGAAUUUGUUCAGUGUGCAGUAUAUUCAGCAGUAUUUUUGACAUUUUUCUUUUCUAAAAAAAAAAAAAAAAAGAAAAAGAAAAGAAAGGUAAAAGGAAUUUUCUAAGUUUUGUUACAUAUCUAGUUGGAAUUCUGAAUGCUUGGAAGUGGACUGCUGUUUGCCUGAUAGGUGAACUAACACUACAGUCGAUAGGAAAGGCUUCUCCUGUAAUACUUUAUCCCUUGUUUCUUGGCUACCUGAAUUCUUUGCAUGUUCAAAAUGGAACCAUUGGUCAGAAACAGCAUUCUCCCUCUUGUUUUUAAUUUGAUCCCACCAUAAGACUCUCCAAGCGCCCUGUUGGACAACACAGUGUCGUUUUUGUUUGUGUUUGUUUUUUUCUUAACACUGUCUCCCCUCCAUACUAAAGUACGAUAUGAAGGCUUCAUUUAAUCUCUGCAGUUCAUCUCAUUUCAAAUGUGUAUAGAAGAAGCACUUCAUUGAAAGCAGUGCUGUAAAUAUUCUGCCUUAGGAAUACUUCUGUCUACAUGCUUUCUCAUCCAAGAAUACUUCAUCACACCGCGCAUGCUGCGUCUUAGACGGUGGGUGUUCCAUUUUUAUCCGCUACUCUUUAUUUCAUGGAGUCGUAUCAACGCUGUGAACGCAAGGCUGUGAGAUGGAACCAGAAGGCUGUUUGAACUUUUGAAACCAUGUGUGGGAUUGGUGGUGGUGCCGAGGCAUGAGAGGGCUGGUAUGUGCGAGAUAAAGGAGCGAGCGCAUGCAGAGACCUGGUGGUGCAUUAAUGGGAUUUUAUUUGACUUGGCGAGAUGUCUCUCAAUCCUGUGGCUUUGGUGAGAGAGUGUGCGGAGAGCAAUGAUAGCAGAUAACGUACGAGUGUUUAUUGCAUUCAAAGGACAUCCACAUGUGGAAGACUUUAAGUGGGCUCUCUACUUAGUUAAUCAAUUAGUUGAAUGUGUUAUGUGAAAUGGAAUAUUUGUAUUUCUUUUCCCUUAUGUCAACUGCUGUGAAUGCUGUAUGGUGUGUGGUUUUUUUUCUGUUAAUGAUCUGUAAGUGUGGUAAUGUGACUUGAAGACGCUGGGGGUUUGUGAUGAGAACAUUGAGCUUGUGGUGUGCUUUGUAAUAGCUCUUUUAGCAGAGAUCACUAGAGCUCAGUGUGCCUCUCCAGGGUGGAAGUUCCACUGUCUGUAAGAUACCCAUAAGAAUGCUGUUUGCUGCAGUUUCGUGUUUGGAUGCUUUUUAUAAGAUUUGUCACUGUAGGAAAUUCUUAAAUAAAACUGAUUUAAGUAAUAUGUGUCUUUGUUUUGCAGCCCUGAAUGCAAAGAAUUCAUAGCAGUUAAUUAAUUUUACCCUUUUGCGAUGAACUUCUGUAAAGCUUUUUGCAGCCACUCGGUUUGUUUCAGAUAAGCAGGUUCUAAAGGAGCCACCGCUCAGCACGUAUCGAUACCCGACACCCACCUCUAAGCCACUGUACCCUUGCACUGUGCAGUGACAUAGAUCUAAAAUCCAGGUCCCACAUCUUGGGGUGCCCGCACCUAGACUGGUAAGCAGUUCCCUCCAGAUUUCAUCUGUGCCAAGGAACAUUACUUGUUCUUUUAGCAGUUGAAGUUCCUUAUCAGAGGUGGGUUGGGGGAAACAGAACUGCUGUUGUGAUGGAUUUCUGUCCACAGCAUCUCCUUUGGGGAUGAAUGUUUUUAACUCGUUUUUAGAUCAGCCCACUCAUGGGAAACAGGGUUCUGCCACACUUCCAGCCCAGAAGAAUGCUGUUAACUCCUGUUAAAACUAGUCACAGGAAAGACUUUCCAGAUGAAUAAAGCAUUAUUAAAUAUACAGAGACUGAUAAAAGUUUGAACUGAGUUAUGACAGCUGCAGAUGUAGGAGGCAGCUUCUUAACAAAGUACACGGUGUUAGAGCAGAAGUUAGUGGAUGGUUAUUUCCACUUGUGGUACGAGCUUGAGGAAUUUGUGUUGUGUUCUUGGGGUUGCAACCCAAUGAAGCUUCGAUCUGUGUUUUCUAUACACCAUAAUACUGCUGUACCUGUGAGUAGUCUGAAUAUGGAUAUUUACACAGUUUUUAACCUAUGUAAUUUUCAAGUGAAACUUCCUUACUCUGUAUCUCACUGAGGCUUGUGAAUAGCAAAGCAUCUGAACAGCAGACAACUGCAUGACUGAGCUUUCCACCUGCAGAAUUUAAAAAUCAGUUGUGCCUUAAUGUGUUUGGUUUAAAGAGGAUUUCUAAACACAGGCUGAGAAAGAAAUCCCACACAUUUGUUCAUAUUCCACUGCAAAAGUUGCUUACAUUUCUUUUUUCUGCACCUUAAUCAGAAUAAUCUCCAAACUGUCCCAUCUGUGAAUUUUGCAUUUUAGCACUUGCACUAUUACCAGCUACUUCUGCUGAGUAACACUUUAAAAUGGUAUUCUUGGACCUCCAAAGACUAACUGUGACCCCCGCAAGGAACCUCAUGGUAAGUUUUUAUAAUUAGCAUGGUUUUAAUUCUGUCUGAAUUGUUCAGGUUUAGGUUUAAGAGGCUGGUUGGCAGCACUGAGUAGUCUUUGCUAGUAAUUUUAGCCUUCCUUCACCUUCAAACAAAAUCUUCUGAAAAUUUUAGAAUUUCAAGUUUCAGUAGCAUUUUUAAACUGCUUUGCAUACUUUAAUGUUUAUAAGUGAGUGAAUAAACUGUCACUGAAAAUACA